AGUUUACCUGACGGACUGGAGUGAACGAAAGUGUGGUUGGACAAGAGGGCAAAAUUAAAGAGUUGCUGUUUUAUACAUUAUCUGGCAUAAUGUAAGAUAAUUUUUCGCAUGUUAAAACUGUUUUUAACAUGUUUUAUUGUUUAAAAUUAGGAAAAGAUGCUAUCGUAAGUGAAUGGGACGGGGAAGAGUCUUCCUCGGAAGAGAUUUCAGCAGACUGACGCAUAGAUAUUUUAAGAAUAAAUACGUUCGAGGAGGACAAUCAGUCGACAGUAAGUCAUUUUACGUGUUUCCUUAAAUGCGUAUCUGCUUGCGUUAUUCUUACGAAAGCGUCCACCUUGCAUUAGAUUUGAAGACAUCAUGAUUAUCAGUAUUCCGUAUAUUGGCCGUUUUCCCGUUCUGAGAGGAAUGAAGACUUUUUUCGUGUUGACUUUCUUCUCGCUACCCCUACUGAUAGGCAACCGCAACAAAUUCGAGAACAAUAAAGAUUCUUUGCUCGCUCAGCAAGCAUCGUUGAAAUUUUACGCGGCACGGAUUGGUAUUAGCUCUGAGAAGAUUAAAAAUCUGAGAAAAUCUGGGAUAAUAGAAUCGAUGAAAACGGUUUUGACCACGCCUUUAAACUCAUUCCUAGAGAUUGUGGAUGAAACUCAAGCUCUCCUAAUCGUAGAUCACGCUGAACUGUAUGCCUUUCUGUAUUUGGACGUUCUCUCAUCUCCCGACUACGAAUCGAACCACGACGAUUCUGUUUCCGAAAAGGAAAUUAGGAAAUCGGAUGGAAGUAAAACCAGCCUCAAAAGACAGAUCAGACUAAAAAACUGGUGGAGAAAGAGAAGACAACGGAGAGCUAGAAUUCUCCAUUUGAAUCGUAUGAAGAAAAUCUUUCGUGUAGACUAAUCGUUUAGAUUCUUUAUGUGUUUUACGUAUCCUUAUGAUACUUACGAUAUUUAUUAUACUCUCACCUUCUCUUUCAAUCUUUCUUAGAUGCUUGCAACUAUUCGCCUA